GUUGUGUUGUUUUUGCUUUUCUUUUCUUUUAAUUGAAUUUUGCAAUUCAUUUCUUUUAUUUAUUUGUCUCCGGCUUACUUCUACUUAUUCUUUUUACAUCUGCUCCUACCAACGAUGCACAAAAGUAUCUCAAACACUUCAAUAGCCCCUGGCGAAGCGACGAAAUCUUUUUUUGGGUUUAUGCUCUCUCCGAGACUAUAGAGACAUUUAUUUUCGAUUUGGUUUCGGUGCGGUUCACUCGAGGAGAUCUGAAAAUUUCGCUAGAUGGCAACAAUAGAUUGCAGAUACUCGUUGAUGUGUGAAUAGUUUUUAGGUUGAUAUCGUUCUUCGUGUAGGCAUGAUGAGGACAAUUAAAUUGAUUGGAAUCAUAAUAUCUUUAAGUUUAAGUUUAUCAACGGCCACACUAGCUCUAAUGAAUCGGUUGAUGUAUAGUCGGAGUGUCGUUUUCCGUGAAAGUAUGAGCUGCAUUAAUGCAACAGUCAACGAACACAGCAAAUAUGCAAUAAUCGUGCAUGGUUGGAGGGAGUCAUGCCACGUUAAGUGGGUCAUCGAGUUAGCGCGAAAUCUCAGACAAUUCCGAAAAGGAUGCAUAAUCUGCAUGGACUACGGUGAUAUGGCACAAAAUCCGAAUUAUCUUUUUUUGGCGAAGCAAUCAGACGAUCUUUCCGAGAUGCUUGCAGAUAAACUACGUGAACUUGAAGACAGAGGAUACGAUCCAAGUAAUGGUUAUAUGUUUGGAUUCAGCUUAGGUGGAAGGAUUGUUCUAGAGGGAGGACGACUAUAUGGAAAGCAGAAAAUUGCGGAAAUAGACGUUUGUGACAACGCAGGACCAGGUUUCGAUAUUUUCGAGCAGCCAGAUUCCAAGGAAUCAGCUCAGAACGUUCAGUGUAUCCACACAAGUCGCGAUAAAGGGACGCGCAAUCGUGAUUGUCACCAAGAUUGGAAUAUGGGCUUCUGUGGUCGCAGGCAAAUGGCAGCUGGCAGCCCACCAAAAGGAUCACAUGGAUUAUGUCCAAUUUUUUAUAAUGCCGCAUUCCAUUUUGAUUUCUUUGCUGAAGCCAUUCCCAGACAAUGUCGUCGUGCCCAAGCAUAUUACAAUUUUUGGCCAUCGAAUUUCAAAAUGGGAUACAUGGAAAGAAGAAAGUUCGAGAUAACUGGCGAAUUUUAUUCUUCGACAACUCAUGAAUAUCCCUACACACCAGACAUUGGCUCAGCAGACACCAUCUUGGCAUUUGAAAGAUUUAAACGAAGGAUUAUGAGAAUUAGAAAGAGAAGUAAACCUUUUCGAUGGAAUUAGAAGAUG